GAAAACAAUGAAGCGGAGAGAAUCUGGGGCUUGGUUACCGAAUUAGAUGGUUUGUCAAAGAAGAUUUUGUUGGCAAACUUGCUGUGCAAGCCUCUUGAGAAGUUUGGAAUCUCACUUUUCAAGAAGGAAAUAAUGAGUGUUUCCAACAGAUUCAGUGAGGUUCUAGAGAAGAUUCUUGUGGAACAUGAAGAGAUACUGGAAGAGGAUCAAGGUACGGACAUGAUGGACGUUUUGUUAGCAGUUUGCCGGGAUGAAAAUGCAGAGCAUAUGAUAAGUAGGAGCCAUAUCAAGUCUUUGUUCGUGGCACCGACACCUCAGCGCAAACAAUACAGUGGACAAUGGCAGAGAUCAUUAACAACACUAAUAUUCUUGAGACACUUAGAGAAGAUAUCGAAUAAGUUGUUAAUUCAAGAAACUGAUAUACCAAACCUCCCUUAUUUGCAAGCAGCCGUUAAAGAAGGUCUAAGAUUGCACCCGCCAUUGCCUGUAUUUGUAAGGACAGUACAAAAAAGGUGUAUGAUGGGAGGGUUCUACAUACCGGAGAACACAACACUUGCUGUCAAUGCUUAUGCUGUGAUGAGAGACCCUGAUUCUUGGGAAAAUCCUAAUGAGUUUAGGCCAGAGAGGUUUCUAACUUCUUCAAGAUCAGGGCAAGAAGAUGAGAGAAGAGAGCAAGCACUGAAGUACAUUUCUUUCGGAAAUGGGAGGAGAGGCUGUCCUGGAUCACGUCUAGGUUAUGUCUUUGUACGAACAGCUGUUGGAAUGAUGGUGCAGUGCUUUGACUGGAGAAUCAAAGAUGAUAAGGUUCACAUGGAAGAGGAUGGAGGACUGAAUCUGAGUAUGGCUCAUCCCCUUAGAUGCACUCCUGUUGCUCGAAUCCAGCCCUUACUUGCUAAUCUUCGACCU